AUGCCCACAUACAACUACGCACACGCAAAGCAGGUGUGCACUUCGGUAGAUGAAACCUUGCAGCAGCUGAGACAUGUCUUGUCAGACCAAGGCAUCACGUUCACAGAGGACCUCUCCCCCGACGGCCUGUUGCUUCCAAUGAACAACCGCACCAACAUCAAAGUUGACCUGUCGCCAAUUGCUCGCCUCAUGCAGGUUGCAGGUUGCCCAGCAGCCUCGCCAACAGAGCCACAGUCACGCCAGCAAUCGAAAGAUGUUGCCACGUCGUCUCCAAUGAAAACCGUCUCUCGGCGACGACGCGCAGAACCGGCAAGCCAAGCUGUCACAUGCACAUUCCAAGACGUUUUGAACGCACAAUGCACUGGACCACCUUCAAACAACGGCACUCUUAUCAUCUCUUUUGAGGGCGAGCGGAAUGCGCCAGCACAACAGCAAGCACUGGAAGCUCUCCGGAGCAUUUCCCCCGCAGUCGGCAAAUUGACUCUGAGAGGUGCAAUUUCGCAGCAGGCCUUGAGCUGGGUCGUUUACCAAGGCGAUUGGAGCAACGUCAACACUCUCGAAAUUAAUGGGCUGAUUGCCAAUCAUACGGAUUUGGGCAUGUUUUCUUCCAUGGCAAGCCUGACAACUUUGACACUGAGUAACAGCAAUGUCUUGUCAGUGUCGCCGCCGAAUCAGGCCCAAGCUUUACGAUUGCUAACGCUUGAUCUCAGCAACAACUUCCUUGAGUUCUUGCCAGACGCGAUGUUUGCGGACAUGCACGCGUUGCACACGCUUGAUCUGAGUGGGAAUCGCUUCACAAGAGUAGAGCCAAAGUGGUUUCAGCAGCUGCCUGCGUUGACAAAGCUAUUCCUAAACACCAAUAAGAUUGAGGAACUGGGUGUUUCCACCUUCGCACAGCUGACUUCACUGACAGUGUUGCAUUUGAAUGACAACAGCAUUCGGAUUCUUCAAGGAGCGCUCGAGGGUCUUUCUUCGUUACGAGAACUCGACCUCUCAAGCAACGGGGAACGCUUCUUUGGAGAUUGGCUUGUAUUACACAAGGGCGACUUUGGUGACCUUUCCAGUUUGCAAACCCUAAGCCUUAAACACAAUUCGCUUGAUAUCUUGCCAGGUGACUUGUUCUCCAACACCACCAUGCUGAAAUCGCUAGACCUCAGCAACAACCGGCUGAGCAACUUGCAUGCCCACACCUUCCAAGGACUCGGAAAGCUUACUCAGCUGCACCUCAACAACAACCGGCUUCGUACCCUCGAGAGUGCGAUGUUUCAUGAUUCGACAAGGUUGCGUUACUUGUAUCUGCAAAACAAUUUCAUUUGGCAAGUGCAAGACGAUGCGCUUGAAGGCUGCGAAAGCCUGGAGGAGCUUCACAUGGAAAGUAACGGCCUCUCGCAAUUGCCUGAUCAAAUCUUUCAUUUCUCAACAAAUUUGACCGAGAUAUCGCUGAGGGACAACCAACUUACAACUGUGAACGGAGCACUUCACAACCUCACGAACCUAAAGUCCUUGUGGCUCGAGGCGAACGGAUUGACUCAGCUGUGCGUCGCCCUUCCUUCACUCGAGCGCCUGUGGUUGGACGGAAAUCGAAUGCAAGAUCUUGUUCAGCUGGAUCAACUUCCAAGCUUGCAAGAGCUUCGCAUGUCAAACCAUCACAUUUCAAACCUGAACCUCACAGCUGUGUUGAUUGCACCAAAGUUGCGGGUCGCUCAGCUGGAUGCAAGCCCUGAUGUUGUAAGUGUUGCUCACGUGAAUCCGCAGAUGUUGCAGGACCAAGCACAGUCCAGCUUACACACUCUCACCCUGGUCAACGUUGACGCUCGGGAAUGGCUUUCGAACGUGAGACAAGCACCCGCCAUGCGCUUCAGAAGCCUACACCUUGGCCAUGUCACAAUGGACGACCACUCUACACCCAUGAUUGGAAUUUGCACCUUACUCAAUGACGACGUGCAGGAAUUUCGAUUGUUGGGCACCUCGUUUCAACACGUCAGUAUGUGUCCUGGGAAGAGGUUUUCGUCCGUUCUUUUGCCGCGUAAUCAUCGCCUCUUGUCGAUUGAACUUCCCACCCCGCUGGCCACAUUGGAUGUGUCUGAUUCCAACCGCCUUUCUCGUAUCGCAGCGCCAAGCGUCGAAGUCUUGGACAUCAGUGGCACACAGGUGCCUCCAACCUUGCCCAUCUGUGACACUCUGGGCACGAGAGCGCUCUUUGCUCGGGAAUUGUCACAUGUCUGGCGUUUUUGGGAUGUACAAGACGUUGCUGUUGACGUGGCCAGGCGCUGUGCUAAACAGUUGGAGAUUUUCGAUAUUUCGCAAAACCGUUGGAUGGAUACAUUGCCUGUCAUGAACCACAUAUUUGGCGGUGUGUACUCGUUAUCGAACCGCAAACUUCUGACGACAUCCUAUGCCCCUAUUGUUCAACGAAAAUCUGUACUUCUUCUUGAAACCCGAGCCAACCCUGUGCAGUGCACUCUCACGCUGGAUACACAAGAAGUUCGUUCGGAGCAAGACCCAGCAACACUGACCUCAGAACUGGUGUACUCGUUUGACUGUUCGUGUGCACGUGGGUUUUCUGGGCCAAACUUUUGCUUCGAGCAGUCUAGACUUAAGCUCGACCAGGCUGUUGGACCGUUUGCUGUGGGCAUAACUCUUGGGAUAUUGCUUCCCAUACUCAUUUGGUGGUAUGUACGAUAUCGACGCGUGCAUCGCCGAGCGAGACUUGCUGCCGCUCGCAUCAACCUGCAGGAGCAGCUGCUAGUGGAGCGAGACGCGGAAGUGAUGGCGCUGAAGAAGGCAUGGGAGAUUGAGUACGAUGAGCUGCGGAUGAUUAAGCGUGUUGCUGCGGGUGCCUUUGGCGUGGUGUUCAAGGCAGAAUGGGACACAGUGAUGGUGGCGGUCAAAGUGUUGCAGCAAGCCGUCAUGAUGAUUGACAAGAGCACGGUGCUUGAGUUUGAGAAGGAGGUGGAGUUUUUGCAGCGGACACGCCACCCGAAUGUGGUGCGGUUCUUUGGUGCGGGCACAGACCCCAACGGCAGCCCGUUCCUGGUGCUGGAGUUUGUGGCCAUGGGGUCGCUCAAGGACCUGUUGCGGACGAACCUGGACAAAAUGCUGAGGGAGGUGAAGAACAGGAAGGUCGAUCAAGAGUCCCAUGGGGAAGUGUUGACUGAGGAAGUCGGCGAAACCGUCACGUUGGUCAGCACAGCUGGCACAGGCACAGGCGCAGGAACCUCCCGUGUAGCGACUGCUUGGGACCUGAAGCUACGACUGCUGCGCGAAGUUGCGAGUGGCAUGGCCUUUAUCCACAGCCUCGACCAAAUGCACCGAGACCUGAAAAGCGGCAACGUGCUGGUGUCAUCAUCGCUUCGCGCCAAAAUCACAGAUUUCGGAUCCAUCCGCCAGUGCUUUGCACGCGACAGAAACCAGCACCAGCAGCACACUCGACUUUCCUCCUCCAGCGAUGCUGACCCCCAAUACAGCCAGCAGGCUGGACUGCAGACGAUGACGAGCAUGACGCUGACGGCUGGGGUGGGCACGCCACUGUACAUGGCACCAGAGGCACUGACAGGCGACAAGUACAGCUUUGAGGCGGAUGUGUUCAGCUUUGGCGUGCUGAUGUGGGAGGUGGCGACACAGCGGGUGCCUGAUCUGAUUGAGCAGGAGAAGGGGGGCGGGUAUCGAGGACCAAUCCUCGCCACCAUCAGUAACUUACUUGACGAAGGAAAACGCCUGUCAUUCUCAGAGGACCGCGACAAAGACCCGAUUCCCGAAUGGUUCAAAACAGUCGCGCUCAAAUGCAUGGAGCAGCAACCCAAGCGCCGCCCUUCUUUCAAGCAGCUCCACGAAACAGACUUGAAGAAUUGA